AAAGUCUACAAUUUAUGACAUAAAGUGAGCGCAACAUUGGAGGCAAUAUCCACAAAAACAACGCCACAAAUUAAAAAGAAGAAGAUAUAAACUGAGCAAAACACUGGAUUCGGCGAAAUCCACAAGGGCAACGCCAAUAAUUAAAAAGAAGAACAAGAAAGUUCGCCGGCUUCUUCUUCCAAAAGAAAGUUUCUUUUCGUUUUACUCUUUUUUAAAAACACCAACAUAUUCUGCCUGUUUUAAUUAACAUCAGUUUGUGAUUCAGUGCAGUCAUUCAUAAUACGAUCUUAUAAAAGUAACCUAUUAAAAAAACAAAAUGCGCUACUUCUUUUUGCUAACUAUUUUUAGUUACGUAUUUGCGUACGAAAAAGAUGUUACCUUUACUGUACAAGCUGGGAAGACAGAUUGUUUUUAUCAGAAUGUAUUGCCUAACGAAGUUAUUGACUUGGAAUAUCAGGUGAUAGACGCUACGCAUGGAGAACUGGACAUUUCCUUCCAAUUAUCGGACCCUGUAGGAAGGGUUAUUGUUGCCGAUUACAAGAAGCCUGAAAAUGCUCACCGACACACUGCAGCCCUCCACGGUGACUACAGAUUCUGUUUCGACAACACAUUUAGCACUUUCAGUCAAAAGACAGUAUGUAUAUUUUACUGUCAGCUAGAAUACAUAUUUCAAAAAUGUGUUUUUAUAUUAAAUAUUUUAUUAUUAGUUUACCAUUGAAUUAGAUUUAAUUAUUUUUAAAAUUUUAGGUAUUUUUUGAUCUGAUGAUAGAACUAGAGAAUAAUCAAGAAAAAGAUUAUGAUGAUGACAAGGAAAUGGAGUUUGGUAAGAGUCAAUUUCACAAUUAAUAAACUGAUUAAUAAUUAUACUCAGGGCACAUUUAACUAUUUAGC